AUGUCGUCGUGGGCAGUCGUGACAAAAAUGGUCAUAAUACUCUAUGCUGGUAGUGGCUUUCUCUUUUCCGGUUUAUUCGGUUGUUUAAUGAAUGUGAUAAUAUUUUCAAGCUUUCACAUGUAUCGUUCUCAGCCAUGCACAUUUUAUCUACUCAUCGCAGCGCUCACUCGAUUUACGCAUCUUUUGAUGAUAGGUAUUCUGCGUGGCAUUGCCAUUCUCUUUAACGUCGACUUGACACUUAUUUCACUCGAAUGGUGUAAAAUGAGAUUUCACAUUGUGAGUACUUGUUUUGGUUUGGAGAUGACCUUUGAAUGCUUGGCAACAAUUGAUCGGUUUUUGAUAACAUCCAGAAAGGUCUACAUACGACAAUUGAGUAAUAUCAAGAUGGCUCAUCGUGUUACUGCUGGUUUGAUUGCUGUUUGGAUACUUCAGAAUAUACCAUAUCUGAUCUUUGUUAAAAUAAAUUCGAACAUCUGUGCGAUUUACAAUGACUUUUGGCAACUUUAUUCUACUUAUGUGAAUAGAUGGGUUUUAUAUACAGCAGUUCCUUUGAUUGUUUGCAUCGUGUUUGGUAUUCUUGCACAUGGAAAUAUGCGCAGUUUGAAACGUUCCCGUCAGUUACAGAAAGCGGAUCGUCAACUCUUCUACAUGAUCUUUGGGCAAAUGAUAGUCACUGUUCUUCCAGUUAUACCAAGCGCUGUUUUCGAUGUGUAUUCACCCUCGGCGAUUUCUGUAAAGCAAGCUGCUGAAAAGGAUAUUAAUUAUUUUGCCUUCAAUCUUCUUAAUGUUCUUUGUGUAUUGUGUUAUGGAAGCACCUUCUUCAUCUUUAUCAUCGUUUCAAGUAUCUUUCGUAGCCGAUUUAGGCAGCGUUUUUCUUGUUGUAGCAGACACCGAAAUCUCGUGACAACAGUAACUAUGCACAGAUUCGUUGCAGAAGCAAGCCCUCGUCGUUAG